AACUAGUAACAUCAAACUUAAUUUUGAAUCCGGGCCAACAAACGGGCUGGGCUAAACCGCUAAACUGGGUCGUCACCCCCCAAAAGCUAAAAGCCUAAAACCCCAACUCCGCUGAAAAUCUGGAACACUCCAAAACCUCUCUUCUUCCACUCUCUGGAGUAGCGCCGGAAGCAGCACAAAAAUGGUAGAAAUAAAAAGCUACGCUGAUUUCCUGAAAGUUCACGGCAUACUAUUAGCCGGCACUGGCCUGCCGGAAUCUCUUUAUCCCCAACUCUUCCGCAAGCUCUCCUCUGAAACUUUCGACGCCGGCGAGUUCUUCCAGAUUGAGCCGUGCCAAAAUGGUCGCCAGAGAAAGCUUGUUUGCACCUCUGAUUUCAUAUCUAAAAACUCCAAUGUCUUCCUUGUUGAUCACGCCUGGACUUUCCGCCUUCCUGAUGCCCCCAAACAGCUUGAGGAAGUGCCAGGUUUGGUUGAGAGAAUGGCCUCUUUGAUGUGUGUUGAUGCUGAUUGUCAUGAAGAUGACGAAGAUGGCAAUGGAGAUUUAGAUGAUAAUCACGGAAAAAUGACUGCUGAAGAAGUACUGGAAAGUGAAAUUUGUAGGGCAAAAGAGAUGGGUAAUUAUGGUGUGAAGUGGCUAGAGCUGGAGGAGCUCGACAUAGAUGAUGAUAAGCUUUUGGCUUUGGACUUGCCUUCUAAAUGUCCGAAUCUAGUUGCUCUUAGUCUACUUGGGAACAAGAUUAAAAACAUGGAAACUGUUCUGGAUGAAAUUUCAAAACUGAAAAACCUACGUGCUCUUUGGUUAAAUGAUAACCCUGCUUUGGAGAAGUGUGCUACCAAUAUGGCGGAAGCUGUUCUUCAGGCAUUCCCAAAAUUAGAGAUUUUCAAUUCACAUUUUACAUGUAACUAUGGUGAGUGGGCACUGGGAUUUUGUGGAGAAAUUUAUGGGCAGGAAAACCCAGGGGAUGAUGGUGAACAUCAACUGCAGAACAUUACCACUCUGGACCUUUCAAAUAGAGACAUCCACAAUCUUAACAAUAAGGCAUUUUCGUCUGUAAACUUUACCAGUCUUUCACACCUUAAUCUCCGUGGAAAUCCAAUGGAGGAAAAUUCUGUUCAUGAGUUGCUGGAAACUUUAAAGAAAUUUCCUUCACUAAAUUCUCUGGAGGUUGAUUUACCAGGUCCCCUUGGAGAAAGUGCAAUUAAUAUUCUCGAUUCUCUUCCUAAUCUCUUUUUACUCAAUGGUGUCAAAGCAACAAAAAUCUUUGAUAUGGAUAAGCAUGUGGUCGAUUCAGCAUUGCAGCCACGUCUUCCUGAAUGGAACCCUGAUGACCCCCUUGCAGAUCGUGUACUCAAUGCUAUGUGGUUGUAUUUAAUGACUUACAGACUUGCUGAUGAGGAAAAGAUUGACGAAACCUCUGUAUGGUAUGUGAUGGAUGAGUUGGGUUCAGCUCUGCGACACAGUGAUGAGCCAAAUUUUCGGAUAGCACCUUUUCUGUACAUGCGUGAUGGGAAUCUAUCAUCAGCUGUCAGCUUCUCUAUUUUGUGGCCAACCCAAGAUGUUCAGAAAGGAGAUGAGUGCACACGUGACUUUCUAUUAGGUAUAGGAGAGGAUAAACAACGGUCCGCAAGAUUGACUGCUUGGUUUCAUACACCAAAGAGUUAUUUCAUCAAAGGAUAUGAGAAGUAUCUUCAAAAGUUGCAAUCAAAACGCUUUUCUUCGCCUACUAUUGGAGCACUGGAACCUUCAAGUCUGCUUUGCAAUCAAAAUCCUGUACGGGUAUAUACUGAUAUACCCCAUGUACAGGAUUUCUUGACUCGCCCUGAAUUUGCUAUCACUAAUGAACCAAAGGAAGCAGACAUUUUAUGGACCAGCAUGCAGGUGGAUGAAGAGACGAAAAAGGCUGUUGGAAUAAGAGACGAUCAAUACGUAAACCAAUUUCCUCAUGAAGCUUGUCUUGUCAUGAAACAUCAUUUGGCCGAAACUGUUCAAGAGGCAUAUGGAGCUCCUGAUUGGUUGCAGCCUACAUAUGAUUUAGAAAAGCAUUUGACGGAGCUGAUUGGAGAUUACUACGUACGUGAUAGAGAAAGGCUUGAUAAUUUGUGGAUCUUGAAACCUUGGAAUAUGGCUCGAACAAUAGAUACGACAAUCACCAGUAAUUUAUCUGCAAUUAUUCGUCUAAUGGAAACUGGUCCAAAAAUAUCUCAGAAGUAUAUUGAACAUCCAUCUUUGUUCAAAGGGAAGAAGUUUGAUCUUCGCUAUAUUGUUCUUGUGCGCAGUAUGAAUCCCUUGGAAAUAUUCCUUGCUGAUGUCUUUUGGGUAAGGCUGGCAAAUAAUGCGUAUUCUUUGGAUAAACGAAGCUUAUAUGAGUAUGAGACUCAUUUUACAGUCAUGAACUAUCGCGGGGUAUUGAAUCAUGUACAGACACAAGAUUUUGUGAGAGAGUUCGAGCAGGAGCACCAAGUGAAUUGGUCGGAUGUCCAUGAAAGAAUUAGAAAUAUGAUCCGAUCUGUCUUUGAGGCGGCAGUUGCAGUACAUCCGGAGAUGCAUAGUCCAAAAUCCAGGGCAAUUUAUGGUGUGGAUGUCAUGCUCGAUUCAUCUUUCUGUCCUAAGCUAUUGGAGGUGACCUAUUGCCCCGACUGCUCGAGAGCGUGCACAUACGACAUGAAGCCCGUGUUUGGUGGAGAAGAAAUGAAGGGUCGCGAUUUCUUCAACAGCGUGUUUGGUUGUCUCUUUUUGAAUGAAACAACCCAUGUAACCCCUUUAUAAUGGGGUUUUUGAAUUGUAAUAGCAGGCCACUGAGUUUUGUAGCUUCUAUGAAUGCUGUGCUUGAUUGUGCUUGGAAUGACGAGGACUUCAAAAGCACUUUCAAAUGGAAUCAUGUAAUAUUCUUUUUGGUAUGUUCAUGAUAUCGGGAAUCAUAUAAAUAUAUCUAUGUUCAUCUUCGAAACAUAUUCAGGUGAACACAUAAUUUUAUGUUUUGGCUCGUGAUCUCGGAAAAUAAUGAUCAUGUCCUCCCUUCUUACAGUGGAUGGUUUGUAUGAAAUAUUCAGUUAGUCAA